CGCGGAUAAAGUUUCAAUUUCUUUAUUAAUCUUAUUUGCGCUUUUUCAGAUCAAAUGCUGCACUUUUCAUUCCGCUCAUUGCAAUGUGGAAUUGGAGAAAUUCAUCGUUUUAAUUUAGAAAUUGAGAUUUGUAGGGAAAGAAAGGAAAAGAAAGAGAGAAAAAAAGAGAAAGAAGAAAAUUGCUCUCGGUUGGUCUCGAACCCGGGUCAACGGAUUGGUAGCCGAGUACGUCGACAGCGUUGCCACAUUGAUGGACGGAAACGAGCGCGACCGAGACGCGCGACCAACCCACCGUGUGGAAUUAAUGGCCGACUCGAAGAAUUCGUCGAGCGAAGAAUUUUCGAUAUUUUGACGAUGUUCGAUGUUCCUCGGACGUUCGCGCCGUCGUCGCGUCGUCGCCGAUCACCAUCGUCGAGCUGAUCAUAGGAUUGAGCUAAAAAGAUGAGUGGUUAAAUGCACUUGUUACGCAAGGUGCUAGUGAACCUCGCCAUUAUUGCGGUGCUUUUGGUGAUACUUUAUUGUUAUCAAACGUCCACGAACGGUGCACGUUGGAUCGUGGGCCAGGCGGAAAGUCGAAAUGUCGAAGGCUCGACGAACGAAUUCGUUUCGACCACCUUAAGAGAGAUGAACGAUUCGAUCGUCGGACUAACCUCAAAGAGGAUCGUCCUCUCUACCGUUCCUUCGAUCGUUACCACCUUUCGGGAUAAGUUUUAUUACAACGUAUGGUGUAUAUUCACCAAAGUCUCUACGAAUUCACCGAUGCGAAGGAAGUUUUACGUUUUUACGAAAUCCUUGCUCUCACUAGCUACCGUGGACAUCGCUUUCCACGUGAUAACCGACGACGACAGUCGUCCCAUCGCGCAGAACGUAGUGCAAAGCGUUGCUUCGUCCACCAAAAAGACUAUGAAAGUGCAAUAUUACAACGUACAGGAGCUGGCUCAACAAUUGGAGGACAUAGUUUCCGUUAUGUCGCCGCAUUUCAGUAGCAAACCAGGGACUUAUUACUCGGACGCUCUCUUCUUCCUGUCUCUGGGAUUGCAUAGAAUAGCACCGGUCGAUCAGAAAGUUGCAGCCAUGUUCGACGCCGAUACAAAAUUUCGUAAGGACGUAAAAGAAUUGUUCAAGGAGUUCGACAACUUUGGGAAGCAAGCUCUCUUUGGUCUGGCGCCGGAGCUGACACCUGUGUAUCGGCAUGUCUUGUACUUAUAUCGUAGCAAACACGCGAAGACCGCGUAUGGGGAACCCACUCACGCCGGUGGCUUCCCAGGCUUCAACAGCGGCAUGGUCUUAUUCAAUUUAGAAAGAUUACGCGAGUCCUCCUUGUACGAACGAAUUGUUAGCAAGGAUAGCGUCGAUGCUAUGACGAAUAAAUAUCAUUUCAAGGGUCAUCUGGGCGAUCAAGAUUUUUACACGAUAUUAGGUAUGGAACGACCCGAAUUAAUCCAUACCAUUGACUGCGGCUGGAACAAGCAAUUGUGUACGUGGUGGAGGGACCGUGGUUACGCGGAUGUAUUCGCCAAUUAUUCUCUCUGUAACUCGGAAACAAAAUUGUGGCAUGGGAACUGCAAUACUCCUAUACCCGACGAUUAAGUACUAUGAAUUUUAAAGACAUUCGAGUACGUAGAUACAUCGUCUUUGUAAGUCUACGUCAAGUUUCGAGAAUGAAAUAUCGCGAAUGGUUUUGAAACUCGUUACAUUUGAAAUCUGUGAUACAAAGUCGAGUAUAUUUUAUCUCGUCAAGUGGCAAUAUACGAUCAAGACUCUUCCAAUUGUAUAAAGGGAAAGAAGAAAUCAUUUUUGAUGGGCAAUAUUUAGAUCUAGCGAUUUAUACUGGCAGAUACUUUUUAGAAGGGGUAGAACAACUAUUGUAUUUUUAUGACGCAUAAAGGAUAUUUACCUCGUAAAGAUUUUUUUUUUUUUUUUUUUUUUUUUUUUUACAAGCGACCAUAUACUUCAGUUCGAUAUAAUUACAAAUAUUAUCAUCUUGUACGAUGCUCUCUUUUAUCCGUUACUUCUGUUCGAUUUGUUAAUAGUUAACGAGUAUUUAUAGACUACGCUAAAGUACAGAACGAACGACGAUGAGGACAACGAGGUGUGCCAUUAAAAGAUCUAAGAAUAUAAAUAAGGAGGAAGCGAAAUGAUAAACGCACAUGUCGAAUGUUAUCGUUUUAAUUGGGCAUAAAUUAUAACGUAAUAUAAAUAAAAGUUUCAGUACGUUA